AUGGCGAGGGAUGCUGCGUACCAGGACGAGCGGGCGUGGAUCACGGCCGAGGAUGCAGCCCGCCGCCACGAGAAGACAAAGUGCUGCACCCUGUGGUACUGGAAGAACCUGGAUCGCAUGAACUACGUGUACCUGAUCGCAUUCACAACGCUGAUCGCCAUCAUCCUGGCCGGCGCCCUCACUGCCCACAAACGGUCAAGCCGGCCUGCGUGGGACGUGGACCGCCUUCCCACAACAGUGAAGCCAAUGACGUACAACAUCACACUGACACCGAGCAUUGAGCACUUGAACGUGUCUGGUGCCGUCGACAUUACCGUCAACGUGACUGCCAUGUCCAAGUUCAUUGUCCUACACGCCUUUGAAAUGGACAUUACUGGGUACAGCGUGCUUGAUCUCAGCAACAACGGCGUCGUUGACAUCAAGGAGCUGACGACGGCCAACGAGCUGCUCGCCUUGCACCCGACCUCACCCAUCGUGCCAGGCCUGUACUCGCUCCACUUUGACUUCACCUACAAUGUGACGGGCGACCUUGCUGGUCUGUACAAGAGCACAUACACCACCGCCGCCGGCCAAAACAGAACCAUCCUCACAACACAGAUGGAGGCGCUCGAUGCACGCAAGGCGUUCCCCUGCUUCGACGAGCCCGGGUUUAAGGCGGAGUUCACAAUUGCCACGUACAAGCCCGCAGGGUACAUUGCUCUCUCCAACAUGCCGCCUGCUGUUGAUGUCCCACAGGCACAGGCAGGCGUGGUGCACUUCCAGUCCACCCCUCGCAUGUCAACAUACUUGGUCGCGCUGGUGAUUUGCGACUUUGUUUCCAUCGCAGACACGACAACAUCAAACGUCCCCAUUCGCGUGUUCGCCCCCGCCGAUCAGAUCCAAGACGCGCCGUUCUCGCUGUCCGUGGCCACGCGCGUGCUCGAGUACUACGAGUCUGUGUUUGGCAUCCCGUAUGCGCUGCCCAAACUGGACCUCAUCGCCAUUCCCGACUUUGCCGCCGGCGCAAUGGAGAACUGGGGGCUGGUCACAUACCGCGAGACAGCCCUCCUGUACAACGGCACCCAGAGCGCUGCCAGCGACCAGCAGUGGGUUGCCCUCGUCGUCGCACACGAGCUCGCACACCAGUGGUUUGGAAACCUCGUGACAAUGGAGUGGUGGAACGAUCUCUGGCUCAACGAGGGAUUUGCGACGUUUAUGGAGACGGCGGGCGUGGCGCAUCUGUUUCCCGAUUGGGAAAUGUGGCACCAGUUUCCGGCGGACACACGCGAGGUGGCCCGCGCAGCCGACUCUGUGACGGGCACACACGCGCUGCACUCGCCCGCAGAUGAAGUGAUUUCGCGCAACGACAUUGACGCAAGAUUCGACACCAUCUCUUACGAAAAGGGCGGAAGCGUGCUGCGGAUGCUGGAGCAAGUGAUUGGAUCGACGGAGCUCUUUGGUGCAUUGCAGCUGUACAUGAACACAUACAAAUACAGCAAUGCCGUCUCCGAGCAGCUCUGGCAGUCCAUCGACAUCAGCAUCAAGGCCCUCCUGUACAACGGCACCCAGAGCGCUGCCAGCGACCAGCAGUGGGUUGCCCUCGUCGUCGCACACGAGCUGUACGUUGAGGUGGAAGCGGGGUGGAGAUUUGUUGCGGGAUGCUCCGUUGAUCUGCCGUACAACGUGACGCAAUUCAUGACAUCGUGGUCCUCCAAGGCCGGCUAUCCUAUCGUCAGCGUGCAGCCCGCUACAAACACCUCCGUCGCCGUCUCCCAGCACAGGUUCACGGCGCCGUCCGUGUCUGCCCCGGACACGACCUGGAUCGUUCCCCUGACGGUCACGCCGCUCUCUCGGCGCUCCAUCAACACAUGUGCACGCGCGUACCACUGGCCGCCCACCGCAGAUGCGCAGCAGUACCACGUCAACCUGACGGCAGCGUGCAUGCUGGGCGGGAGCGGCGAUGCUCUGCUGGCGAAUGUCGGCGGCGACGGCUACUAUCGCGUCAACUACACGCAGGACAACUGGGCCGCACUCACACGCGCAGUGCUGGACGGCAGCGCCUCCUCGCCACUCACCGAUCUGGACGCAACCACGCUGCUCAACGAUGCCUUUGCCAUGCACUUCUUCAACCUCAUCGACUACUCUGUUCCGCUCGAGCUGCUUGAUGCUGCGCGCAAUUCCUCGCGUCACCACUACUCAGUUGUGAUUGCGAUGAUCUCUGCUGUCAACCACAUUGGCCGGCUCAUGGAGUCUGAUGCUGAGCUGGCGGCCCUCAACGCGUACGCUGCCAAUCUGCUACCGUCUGUGCUGGCGAAUCUCACCACCGACAACAUUGCACAGCGACAGGACCACGUGUCCGCGCUGCUGCAGGGCGAUGUGCUCCACUUCGCCUGUCGCGCCGGAAAUCCAAUCCGCUCAACCGUUUCCCAGCUCUUUGACGCGUUUGUGGCCACGGGCACGGCCCCUCACGCAGACAUUCUUGACGCUGUCCUGUCUGAGGGCGUGCGGUCCGCCCGUCCAGGCGCCACAGAUGCUGUUUGGAACCUCUAUGAAACAACAACAGUCGCCGCUGUCAAAGACACCUGUCUCGCGGCUCUUGCAUCGUCCACAGAUCCAGAUCAGCUCAACGCGCUGAUUGCUGAGGCGUUCAGCAGCGGCGGGCGCAUCCGGGAGCAGGACCGCGAUGUGGUGCUGCGCGUCAUUGGCCGCCGCUCUCGCGUCGGCGCAAACACCGUCUGGCAGUUUGUCAAGAACAACAUUGAUGAGAUUCCGAGUUUGCCGCGUGUGCUCGGCGUGAUUGCAUCUCGCAUGUCCACGGAAGAGGAAGCAAACGACCUCAAGCGCACGCUGGAUGCGAACAAGGACGCUGUCGACUCGCUGUCGAAGCAGGUGCUGGUGGAGCAAGUUCGAGUGCAGAGCAACUGGCGCAAGCACAACGCACAAGGUGUCCUUGCCUGGCUCACCAGCCACAUGUGA